AUGGCCACCUCGCUGUCUCAGCUCGCGUCGUUGUCCACACUCUCCGCGCUUCACGCUCGCGUCAUCCCCAGAAUAGCCAAGCCGGUGUCGCCAUCGGUGCGAUGCGUCGGACCAGUGCGCCUUAGAGCCGAGUCGGCCUCGCCGAAUUCCGAUGCACGACCAGGCGUCCUCAACCGAAGGGAGUUGUUGGCUGGAUCGCUGGCUGCUCCGCUGACGCUGACUCUCGCGGGAGCAGCAAGCGCAGUGCAAGAGGCUUCAGAUUUUGUGACGUUCGACAAUCCCAAGGAGAAAUACACCUUCCAGGUCCCUGCAGAAUGGGUGCGCAGCGAGGGCACGGCGGGAGUGCGCAAGGUGAUCGCCUUCCACCCGCCCGAUCGCACCGACGCUAACGUGACCAUCCUCAUCACGCCUCUGGCAGCCGAUUUCACGUCGCUGGGGUCGUUUGGCACCGUGGACGCCUUUGCUGAGACGCUGGUGAACGGUUUGGACCGCAGCUGGCAGCCCAGUCCCGGGCAGAAGGCAGUGCUGCUGGGAGCCAAGUCCGACAACGACGCCUACCUGGUGGAGUACACGCUGCAGAAGCCCAGCGAGCCGGCCAUUCACCUCUACUCCGCUGUGGCCACGGGGCAGAACGUGUGGUACAACAACCUCUUCACCUUCACCGGACAGUAUCCUGAGGAUGAGGCCGCUACAUUCAAGCCAACAGUAGACAAGGCCUCCCUCUCCGUGUCUCAGUUCUCCGGCCUCAAGGCCCUUCCCCAGAAGGCCGUGAGCCUGAAGACGAAGACCAGCUUCGCUGUGUCUAAGGCCCGCACCACCUGCGCGAUUGACCCCGCUCCCGUUAUCUGCGGUGCCACAGCCCUGCUUCUGGCCGCUGGCCGCUUUGGCUUCAACGACUACCACAAGAACUCCCUGAAGAGGGCGGGUCUCCCCGUGCAGAAUGGCGUGAGCCACGCCGCUGCUGGUAGCUCCGGCGCUGCCGAGAGCGAGCUGUUCACCAAGACCAACGACCCCGCUGGCUUCACCCUUGCUGACACCCUUGCCUGGGGCGCUCUGGGCCACGCCUUCGGCUUCGCCCUGCUCGCCGUCGCUAACAACGGCUACCAGUGGGGCCUGUAA